GAUCAACAAAACCGCCAGGGUUUCGCUCCAUCGUCGUACAAUCUCCAAUAGAAGGAGAUAAAUACAAUAUUGGUUCUACCCGUAUUAUUAGGUGGAAAAGUUCAUUGCCGGCUGAUACUGAAAUCGUGAUUGAAAUAAUAGCAUCACCUAUAUAUGAUUUUAGCCCUCCAGAAAUGGUUUGGAAAACAACUGCA